AUGUCGGACGAGAAGCCGCCGCAGCUGGUGGACUACUUCGUGGUGGCCGGACUGACGGACACCUCGCGGCCGCUGGAGGAGGAGAACCAGCAGCACCGCGCCGCCCGCCCCAGCGAGCCCAUCACCGACGUGGCCGUCAUCAUCCGCUCGCAGGGCGAGGAGGUGCCCCACGGCUUCACCUGCAUCGAGACCACCACCUCGGGCCAUCCCGUUGACCUCAACGCCGGGCUGCUCAACAACCCCCAGAUGUUCAUAUGCUACAAACGGAGCCGGGACAAACCCCCCCUUAUUGAGCUGGGGGUGCACUAUGAGGGUAAGGACCGCCCGAAGCCGGGCUAUAAAAUCCUGGACACGACACCCUACAGCCGCUCGGCCAACCUCAAUUCGGGGGGGCCGGGACACCAACGCACCUUCCUGACGUACCGGCGGGCGGCCGAACCUCACGGCCACAAUACGCUGGGGGUCACUGACAUCUGCCUCAUCAUGCCCAGCAAAGGCGAGAGCACACCUCACACCUUCUGCCGGGUGGACAAGAACCUCAACACCAGCAUGUGGGGCCCUGCGCUGUUCCUGUGCUACAAGAUCGCCAUGGCCAAGGCCAACACACUGGUCUACGAAGCAGGGCUGCUGGGACGUUACCCCGAGCAGGACAGCGAAUCCUUCCCGCUGCCCGACUCGGUGCCCGUCUUCUGCCUGCCCAUGGGGGCCACCAUCGAGAGCUGGCCGGCCGACACCAAAUACCCGUUGCCCGUCUUCUCCACCUUCGUCCUGACCGGCGCCUCGGGUGACAAGGUGUACGGAGCGGCCAUCCAGUUCCACGAGGCGUUUCCCCGGGAGCGGCUGAUGAUCUUCCCCCUGCGCUGGCAGUGCCCCUACAUCCCGCUGUGCCCGCUGGCGCUGGCUGACGUGCUGUGUGCCCCCGUGCCCUUCAUUGUAGGCAUCCACUCCAGCUACUUCGACCUCUACGAGCCCCCCAGGGACGUUAUCUUCGUCGACUUGGACACCAACACCAUCUUCCAGAGUGAGGAACGCAAACUGCUGUCCCCCCGCUCCCUGCCCCGCCGGCCCUGCAAGGUGCUGCUGGCCUCGCUGCACAGCCUCUCCCAGCAGCUGGAUGAGAGUGACUACGACGGGUUCCCCACCCUGCGCCCCGAACUCCUGGAGCCCCCCAGGGACCCGCUGGUGGCCCAACUGUGCCAGGCCAGGAGCAGUGCCCCCAGCAGCCCGGCCCCGCGCAGGACCAAGCAGGAGAUGAAGGUGGCCCAGCGUGUGGCCCAGAAGUACUCCUCGGUGCCCGACAUGUGGGCUAAGUGCCUGCUGGGGCACUGUUACGGGUUGUGGUUCCUCUAUCUGCCCACCCACGUCCGUGCCGCCCCCGCUAAGCUGCGGGCGCUCCAGCUGGCGUACGAGGUCCUGCGCAAGAUGGAGGCUCACAAAGUGGUGCUGCCGGAUGAGGUCUGCUACCGCAUCCUGAUGCAGCUCUGCGGGCAGUACGGGGAACCGGUGCUGUCGGUGCGGGGGCUGCUGGAGAUGAAGCGCGUCGGCAACGUCCUGCUGUCCAGCUGCUCGCGGUGCCAGGGCUGCGGCGCGCUGGUGUACGACGAGGAGGUGAUGGCCGGCUGGACCUCCGACGACUCCAACCUCAACACCACCUGUCCCUUCUGCGGCCGCUCCUUCGUCCCUUUCCUCAGCAUCGAGAUUCAGGACUUCCAGCUGCCCCCCAGUGCUGCCGAGGAUGGCUCCCUUCCUCCUGCUGCGCAGGGACCGGUGCUCAGCGACCGCCGCCGCUGCCUGGCCCUGGAUGAGGCCGAGCCGGAGCUCUGCAACGGCUACCCGGACACGGUGCCGCGGCGGUCGGAGCGAGUGGCUUUCGCUUACCUGAGCCCGUUGGUGCUGCGGAAAGAACUGGAAAGUUUGGUGGAGAACGAAGGCGGCGAAUUCUUGGCGCAACCGGAGCUGGUGGACAGCCACCCCAUCAUCUACUGGAACCUCGUUUGGUACUUCCAACGCCUGGGGCUGCCCAGCAACCUCCCCCGCCUGCUCCUGGGCUCCCAGCACCCCGGUGCCCACCUGCCUGUCCCGCAGACGCAGCCCACUGACACCCCCUGCGUACGCAUCCGGCUGCUCUGGGACGUCCUGGCCCCUGAACCUGACAGCAGCCCCCCGCUUUACGUCCUCUGGCGGCUUCACACGCUGCGGUUUGCCCGUGCCGAGAGCGGCCUGGCUUCCUCUUCCGACGGCUAA